GUGGAUGGUCGCGCUCGCCGGGGCUUUCGCGGGCCAAGUAUUGGACCAGGCUUUCCAUUGGUGCUCGGCUGUGCUCGGGCAGGCGCUGGGCACCUGGCUUGGGCGCGGGAGCAGCGUCGGCGAGUCGACCUGCGUGUGCAAGUUCGAGGGCGGUAACGUCGACUCGGGAUUGAUCUCGCUGCUCCAACGCCAGCUCGACUGGUGCGGGCCGGAGAACCUCGUCCGACAGGAGCCCGUCGUGAAAGGCUGGGUUGUUUCCGACUGGGUGUUUGUCGGUGUGUUGGUGGUGCUCGCGUUCGUAUUGGGCCUGCUGGCGCGCGACUUCGCUGCCCUUGCUGCUCUCCGCGGGGUGCUCGCCUUCUACGAUCUGGUCGAUAACUGCUGGCACGAGCGUGUGCUAUUGGAACCCCUCGGGGGCACGCGGUGGAUCAUAGUGACGCCGCACUUCGAUUUGUACGACGAGGACCUGGACGAGACCUUGGACUUGAGGCCAGUCGGGCCGCGCGGCAGCAUCGGCACGGUCUACGGGGGGCUGCUGCGCAUCGACAUGGACGAGUUCGAGCGUCGACGGCCUGAGCUGUUUCGCACCGCCCGCGAGUAUGCUGAGCAGAUUCGCGCCGAGGAGGGCCUUCUUGAUCCUGGCGACGGCGGCCCCAUGCUGUUGGACGACGCUGCCGCCGGCGAGCCUGCCGGAGCGGGUCCUCCACCUCUUCCUGCUCCUGCUGGUCCGCCGGCUCUCGGCGCGGGCGAUGCUGGAGGUGCCCUUCGCGACUGGGGGGCUGCCGAGGCCCGAGCUGGCUACGAGAUCGGCGACCUCAUCUCGAGGGUGAGGCCCAAGGUGGUCUUCGGCGAUCAGGGCGCGCUCGAGCUGUCUGGCGGGGGCUCGUUGGCGGCGGCGCUGCCCGGCACCAUGUCGCGGCCCACGCCGCGCGGCCACGACGACAUCAGGACGCUGGCGGUGAAGGUCGACGGCCUCGGUGAUCGGAGCAGGCCGUUCCCGGACGCGGUGAACUCGAUGCAGAUCGUGAGCGUCGAGGGCUGGCCUAUCGUCGGCCCUCGUACUUGCUUGCGGUUGCUCAUGCAGUUCGUCAAGCUGAACUUCACCCCGAUGCUCAGACAUCACUGGUGGCGCCAGAUCCUCGGCUUGUCCGUUGAGGGCCCGGGUGUGGAUGAACAUGCCUUUCUCAGCGAGAUGCUGGAGGUCGGGUGCCAGAUCGACCAGGCGUGCCUGCCCAACCUCGCGUUCUUCGAGAUGGUGUGCCGGAGGUGCCAGCUGUGGGAGGAGGUCCAUAGCACGGCCUUGCGCGAGAACGAAGCCGCGAUCCUGAAGGAGAGGAGGAAGGGCCGGGAGGAGAAGCUCUUGGCCGCUGGCGUUGGCCCCGUCGGGGCCGCCGCUCCAGCACCGCGCGCCUGCGCGAACGCGCAGGCCAAGAAGAAGCCCAAGAAGCCGAAGACGGCUCCCAAGGGCGCCGAGGGCGCGGGCUAG